AUGAGCAGCGAUGAGCUUUGUGACCAGCGCGGUCCAAAGACCUUGGACGACCUUCCUCCCCUACCCGAGCCGAAGCGAGUUGAACAACGUCGCCAGGAACGCACGGGUGGCGUCAUUGUGUUGGGAACUUGUGCGGUUCUCAUCGCUGUGACGGUGACCGCUUCAGAGAAUUUCCCAGGAGCUUCCAAGUGGACUUGUCGGAGUUUCAUUCUUGUGCAAGCCUUGCUAGCAACCCAAUUUUGGUUGGUGCUGCUACUUGGGAAUCCAGGGGUCGUGAAUCGAUCCCCUGAAGCUUGCUUUCCUGUCCCACAUCAUGUCCUGUCUGGGAAUGUCGCGGAGAACGUAAGAGACGGCCGCCGAAGCUUUUGCGUGCGAUGCUUCGUGUGGAGGGAUCUUGACCAGGGCGACAAGGACGUCGCAGCUCCUGGCAGCUGGAGCAGCUGGAGUAUGAGCUGCUGGAGUUCGAGGCUCUACAAGUUUGCCAAGCUACCAAAAACUGCCCAUCACUGCCAGAUUUGCCAGCGAUGUGUGAUGUACUUCGACCACCAUUGUUCUGUUCUUGGCCGUUGCGUUGGUUCAGGCAACCUUGCCAGCUUCUGCGGUCUUAUUUCCAUGGGCAUGCUUGGAAGCUUUACUGCCGCAAUUUCCAUAGGAAUAGCCGUCCUGAUUUCGUGGGAUGACGUGCGCAGACAACCUUGGAUCCUCGUGUCAGUCAGCAUCUUCUUCCUUUUCUGCUGCUGCCAACGACCAAUGCUGUACUGUCUGCGCAAACUGCAGUGCUGCUGCGGCAGCCUGUGCUUGAGACAAGCCCAUGAUGCGACACCUGUUGCGUUCGGCGCCAUGUGA